AUGACUUCUUCUCUGACGGUCGAGUCUCUUUGCUUCCCGCCGCAGCCUUCAGCGCAUCUAACCGACGCCAUGCUGUGCAUGUGCUGUGUGCCUGAGCCAGGCGCUGAUGCCAUUGAGAUUUUGCCCACGGGAGAUGAAGGGCAAGGUACCAGCGCAAUGAAAAUCAAGGAGCAACCUGGGAUGGUCGUCGAAAUUCCCAUGAAGGAGCCCGAGCUUAUCAAGGAGGAAAUUCCAGUGAAAGCUGCACCACCAGAGGUGAAGGAGCUUGAAGCUGUGUGGUAUGAGUUCAAUACAAAGGCCACAAAGAAAGAUGGCAAAGUUGGAUGCAAAAUUGAACCUUCGGCCAUGGCUACGGUGAACCGGGUGAACCGGGAUACCUUGACAAGGGACUACUGCAUUCUUCGACAACUGGAACCGGGCUGCGUCUUGAGAGAUGUGGAGGUCAUGGACCGGGUGCUGAGGGUCAAUGGUGUCAAAGGUACAGCCCCCGCACUGGCACGGAGGAUGGCUGAAAGUGCAGAAACCUUUGAGAUCUCCGUCCAACGGCCGAAAAAGAUAGAAAUCACACUGGACAAGAAGACCCGGGACGGAAUGAAAGUGUCCGAGCAAGACAGCUGUGGUUUAGUGAUCACCGACAUCAGAGGCCCCUUCGAAAGCAUCGCCAGGGAUGCGAAGGUGAAACUCUUCGAUCGUAUCGUGGCCAUUGAUGGAAGCCUUUCAACUGCCGAUGAGCUCCGGCUCUUGCUGAGCAAACGUGACAAAGCGGCUGAGCAUGGCAAGAAAGAGGACGAGUCAUCUGAGUGUUUGGGGGUCUUCGAAUUUCGUUGCCGCCAUGGGCUGAUCCAAAAUCCAAUGGUGUCGAUUCAGCUGGCCGCCGGCUGCUUGGUCUUUCGCCUCACCGAUGGCUUUGCGCGGAACGCCCUGCUGGCGAAUCAGAUCCAACUCUUUCAGCCCCUCGUUGAAUGGGUCUUGAGGACUCUCUGCGGCUUCGGUAGCAACAGCGCCCAGCGCGCGGCGAAGUUUUUGAGCGCCUCUUGUUCGGUGGCACCACUGCUACUGGGAGCCGUACAGCGGAUCUAUGGCAUGCGACUCUCAAUGUUGGUGUUGGUGGGUUGUUUCGUAGAAGCUUUGUGCACCGCUUUUACCGGCCUCACUGGAGCAGCUCCCAACUGGGCGCAAGCAGUGACGCCAAUGCUGAAGUCUCAUGAGCUGGCAGUCAUUGCAACAAUUUUGGGUUUCUACGCCCUUGGCUAUGGUGCUGUCACAAGCGCCAUGCCCGCUUUGACCAGGAAAUCCGCUCCAGAUGGCUCUCUUUGUACUGGCCUCAUGCAGGCUUUUGUCGCUGUCCUAACAGCUGGAGCAAUUUUCGGCAUCAGCGCGGCUGCUUUGGCUCAAUCGUUUCACCAAGACCAUCUGGCACUCCUCACUGCCGUGCUGGCCCUGCUGCUGGGCAUUUGCUUCCUGCCACCACUAGGAGGAACGCCGGCGCCUUGGGCGAGGCGUAUCCUCCGCUGGGCUGUGGGUUUACGACCCGAAGAGCUGGCGACCUGGGAGACACACAGCGACAGUGGACACCGCCUGCUGGCACCCCGCGACGCCAAUGGAAGCGAUGCGCUGGCGCCACUGGCGCCGGUGUUAUGGCGUUUGGUGCUGCUACUGCCGUUCUAUGCAGCUGCCAUCCAAUGGACAACCUCUUGGUAUGUCCAAACUCUGUACCUCGAUAGGAACGUUGCUGGCUUCGAGAUCCCUGCGUGUCUACUGCAGGCAUUUGAACGCUUGAUGAGCCUGGCAGCAUUGACUUUACUUCGCGCCACCUCGGUUUUGAAGUGGAAAACUUCCACCCGCUUAUCUUUGGGCUCCCUGCUGGCGGCUUGUGCCAUGUUCGUCAGUGCCACUGUGGAGUACUGGCGCAAAAAUGCCACACGAUUGCCAGGUGAGGAGCAGAUCUCCACGCUGAGCAUUUUGUGGUUGCUGCCGCAGUUCGCCCUCAUCGCUGCAGCCGAAGCCUUCAUCUACCCGGCCUCCGCAGAGUUCCUGUCCUUGUCGGCUCUGGCGUAUGGCCUCGGCUGUGCCGUGCAGGCCAGUGCCGUGGCGGCGCUGGGGCUGCUGCUGGGGUACCUCAAGGACUGGAUCCCCGAAAGUUCACCCAACGAAGGGCACUACGAUAAAUUCUAUUUCUGCCUUUGCACGUCAUGCCUUGGUGCUACCCUGCUCUUUUUCGCGUUCCCGUUUAGCGGCUAG